AUGAGUGGUGCGUCUCUUCCUAUAGACACCGCACUUGUAUGUAAUUUCAAAACAUUGAUUAACAAAUCAACAUCGACAUCUGUUUUUCAAUGCCAAAUGAUGUACUCUGCACAUACUGACACGGAAAAUUGCCAUAGAAAAGACACCAGUACAGAGUAUAAACAGAGAUAUAACAUUGAAAUUUCAACCGCUGUGAAUAGUGUGGUUAUAUAUGAAAACAAUGCAGAAAAGACAAAGGAUUAUGAUAUUGUUAAUGUGAAACAGGACUGUGUGACAAUUCAAAUAAUGAAAGGUGGCAUUUAUACGUUGAACAUACACAUGAGUGGAGAAAGGGUGAUGUGUAUUGGUGAUGAUGCAGAUAGUAAAAAGUGUAAAAUUGUAAUCAAUAAUUAUGUUGAUACAAAUCGAAUCAAUUUACUUGGAAAGAACAUCAUUUUGGAGAAAGACCUCAAUAUUGAUAAUGUAAUUUCCUUUGUCAAAAUAACGGGAGACGUCUCUUUGAGUACAUUUUAA